UCAAAAGUCGUGCUGAGAAAUGCAGUUAUAAAACGUGUUUAUACUGUGAAAGAAUUUCCAAUUUUAACAUGGUAUUUAACAAAAACUUGUGCUCUUUGGAACUGAUUUUGAAACUACCCAGAUAGACAACACUGUGGCCAUGAUAUUUGAUUGUAUUUGUGGGAAAAAAGGCGCAAAGAAAAGGAAUUUAUUCGCCGUAAAAGUCAAACUGUUGGAUAAUACUAUAAGUGAAUAUUCUUUAAAUAAAAAAUGUUCUGCCUUAGAUUGCCUGAAGAAAAUUGCAGAAGAAGUUAACUUAAAGGAAAUUUCAUAUUUUGGUUUGAAAUAUUGUGGUAGCGAGUCCUCCGGUGAAAAAUGGCUUGAUUUGAAUAAAAAUCUGUACAAAGAAUUGAAGAUAUGUGCUAAUGAGAGUAUUAACGAUGUUGUUAUUGAAUUUCAAAUAAGAUUUUUUGCUACAAAUGUGGAGUUGUUGAUUGAGGACACAACAAGAUAUUUCUAUUAUUUACAAUUGCGGCAAAACAUUGAAGAAGGCACACUGACUUGCAAUGAAGAAAAAGCUCUGGUCUUAGCAUCUUAUGCUCUUCAGGCUGAAUAUGGGGAUUAUGACUCCAGCGAACAUAAUGAAGAUUUCAUUGAGGAAUAUCAACUUUUACCAAAGGAUUUAAAAACAGAAAAAACAAAUGCAGAACUCUAUGCUGAGAUUGCAGAAAAACACAAAAACUAUGUUGGAAUGUCAACAACUGAUUCAGAAUUUGCCUACCUCAAGUAUUCCCAUCAACUGGAAUGCUAUGGUCAUGAAUUUCACUCUGCAAAGGACAUUCAAGGUCGUGUUGUAAAAAUAGGACCAUGCGCACGUGGCGUGUUUCUUAAAUAUGAUAGCGAGUCGCCAAUGACUUACUUCAAUUGGCCAGAUAUUGUUAACAUGAUGCAUAGAAAGAAAAUGUUCAUUGUCGAAACAUCUACGUUAAAGUCUUUGCUUGAGAUGGAUUCUGCAGAGGAUGCUAAGUAUAUAUGGCAAACAUGCGUUGCCCAUCAUCAAUUUUAUCGUAUUGGAGAUCAGAAUAAGAAAAGUGGCAUUAGCGAUGAUCAGAGGGAAAUGGAAAGUCAUGUGGUGAAACGAAACUCUGCCGUUCAGGAAAUAGCUGAUGGCCAUGUACACGGUAGUGAUGGAUUAUGUAAUCCAGCAUUCAAUGACUCGACAUUACCAGAGGAGAAUGGUGAAGAGUCUCAGGAGACCAGCAGGGAGUCUGGUAUCUAUGGUUCCUCUGAGUCACGUGUGGAUACAGAAGGACCGUCAUUUCCAAACACGUUGCAUGAUGUCCUCAACAAUAACGAAACUGAUAUACCAUCAGAUUUCAUAAUGGCUUCAUAUAAAACAUUUGAUAACCAACCGAGAUCUCGUCAGCAUAUUGAAAUAAAUGCUCGAAGUUCGUAUCCCAGAGCAUCCCCUCAUUCUUCAAGUGCCGAUAAAACAGGGCAACCUGUGGGAAGAAGUGUUUCAAUGAUAGUUCCCAGUAGUUCUGGAGGGAACUUUGUUGAUGCCUGCAGUCUUCAAACAGUGGCGACCAGCGGGUACAGUACAUCAACGGACUCUGGAUUAUCAAAUACCAAAUCAGCAGCGCUCUCCCCCAUGUCCCCUGUGAGUCUCAUUAGUUCAAGUUCGUUCCAAUAUGAAGACUAUGAAGUUCCCUCCGCUGACGAACAGGGCAAGAAGUUGGAGGCUGUUAUGAACGGAGGCAGUUUAGAUGUUGAAUUUGCGCGAAUCAAGCUCAAAGAUGAGCAUAAAUCAACAGCAUCCGCACUUCUUAAAGUGAAUGAAGCAAAGAAUCGUUAUCCAGACAUGUUACCGUACGAGGAAUCAAGAGUUCAUCUAGAUUCUUCAAGUAACACUUCAGGAAACGAUUAUAUAAAUGCAAGCUUUAUAAAGGUAAAGGUCUCAAACAAACCAUUCAUCUUCAUUGCGACUCAAUCACCUAUGCAGUCAACUAUGUCUGAUUUCUUACAAAUGAUCUGGGAACAAGAUGUUAAAAUUGUUGUCAUGUUGUACAAUAAAAAGGAAGGUUCACAGGAGUGUCACAGGUAUUGGCCUGAGGAUAAGAGCGAGCAGAACGAGGUGUCAAAGCGUGUUUUCAAUGAGUUUGAAGUAACAUCACAGUUUGUGAACAAAUCACCGCUGUACAAAUCAAGAGGAUUAAAAUUGCGUCAUACCAAACGACAACAGGAGAGAAGAAUCAUUCUACUGCAGUUUUCUCAUUGGCCUCAUAAUGGAAUACCCAGUGACGCUUCAGGAUUAUUAGAAUUCAGAGCUGAAGUAGAGUCGAUUAGAAGUGAUUUUCUACAAAGUGAACUCUCUCCAGUCGUUGUUCAUUGUCGGUCUGGUGUUGGAAGGACAGGAGUCUUCAUUUUAGCUGAUCUUAUGAUCGCACAUCUUCAAAAUCAAACAAGACAGCCUUUCAAUGUUGCGAGAGUUUUGUCUAAGUUGCGAAGUCAACGAAUGUCAUUAAUACGAACUGUGGAACAGUAUCGAUUUGUAUACGCACUUUUAAUACAAUAUCUCAAGAACAGCAGGCUUAUAUAGGCUCUCUAGGUAGGUUAAAUAUAUAGUUUUUUAUUAUAUCGACGUACGUACAUAUAUAUUUAUUAGUAAUAACAUGACUAAAGGGAUAUCGCUGGGCGAUAAAAUAGCCAUUGAAAAGUUUUUUUACCAUUCUUCCCGAAGAGAAGAAAAAUUACAAUCGCGAAUUUUCCUCAAGUCAUGUUAUCAGUUGUCAUAUUACGAUCGCUAAAGCGCCGGGAACUGACCGUUCCGUAAUGAAGAUUAUAGCAGCUGAGGCGAUCAUGAUAUUACUUAUAAAUAUAUAUAGAUCAUUCAUAUAUAACAAAAAUAACUAAUUAUACACAAUGGAACAUCUUAAACAGCCCUCUGAUAAAAGUACACAAUAUUUUACCACAGGAAUGAUUUGCUAUGUUUAUAUAAAACAAUAUGUAUAAAAAAGAACUUGUUUAACUGCUCACACUCAUUUCAAAGUAAUAAAAAAAAACAAUUAACACAACAUUAUAUCAAGAAAUUUUAU